AUGAGGAGGCGUGGUUACAGCAGAGGUGUGCUGGUGUGGCUGGUGCUUGUGUGCUCAUGCAUUCGUGAAGCACCUCGGUUUCAGGCUCAGCAAACACCAAGAACUCAUCCAGUCGAAGUGGCGGCGCUGAACACGAUCCUGGGGAGGUGGGGCCAGAAGGCGAGGCGGUCGCCAGCGUGGAACAUCAGCGGCGAGCCCUGCAGCGGCGCCGCUGUCGACAGCAGCACCGAGAUCGACGGCAACUACUACUUCAACCCGGGGAUCAAGUGCGACUGCUCUUUCAACAGCAACACCAUCUGCCACAUCACCAAGCUGAGGGUAUACGCAUUGAACGUUGUUGGCCAGAUACCUUCAGAACUGCAGAACCUCACCUACCUGUCUUACUUGAACCUGGAUCAAAAUUACUUGAGCGGUCCCAUUCCAUCAUUCAUUGGGCAAUUUUCUGCAAUGCAACACUUGAGCCUGGGAUUCAAUCCACUCUCUGGACCGCUUCCAAAGGAACUUGGGAAUCUCACGAAUCUCAACUUGCUAGGCAUUAGUUUGGACAAUUUUAGUGGUGGACUUCCUGAAGAAUUAGGCAACCUGUCCAACCUUGAGCAACUGUACACUGAUAGUAGUGGGUUUAACGGGCCAUUCCCUUCGACAUUCUCAAAGCUUAAGAAGCUGAGAAUUCUGCGAGCAUCUGAUAAUGAUUUCACAGGGAAAAUACCUGAUUAUUUUGGGAGUUUGACUAAUUUGGAAGAUCUAAUGGUCGGUGAUAUUGUAAAUGGGAGCUCUUCAUUGGCCUUUAUCAGUAAUCUGACAUCCUUGAGUACCCUGAUAUUGAGGAACUGCAAGGUAUCUGGUAACCUUGGAACAGUUGAUAUUUCUAAGCUGACAAAUUUAAUCUUGCUGGACUUGAGUUUUAAUAAUAUCACAGGCCAAGUUCCUCAAUCCAUCCUUACUCUGGACAAACUUGAAUUCCUGUUUCUUGGGAAUAAUAGACUGACAGGAAGCCUGCCAGAUGCAAAAAGCGCUUCAUUAAAAAAUUUAGAUUUUUCAUACAACCAGCUCACUGGAAACUUUCCUUCUUGGGCUACUCAGAAUGAUUUGCAUCUGAAUUUGGUGGCAAACAACUUCGUCCUUGACAGCACCAACAACAGUAUUCUACCUCCAGGACUAAACUGCCUCCAGCAAGACACUCCUUGUUUCCUUGGCUCUCCGCAAUAUCACUCCUUUGCGGUAGACUGCGGCGGUAAUAGGUCUAUGACAGGGUCAGAUAAUACUGUGUACGAUGUAGAUCAUGCAGACCUUGGGGCAGCAUCAUAUUAUGUUACCAGUGAAACAAGAUGGGGUGUCAGCAAUGUUGGAAAAUUCAACCAGGCCCCAAACGAUAGUAACAUAAUAUAUAGCUCGAACCAGAAGUUUCAGAAUGCAGCGGAUUCAGAACUGUUCCAAACUGCAAGGAUGUCAGCAUCAUCUCUGAGAUACUACGGUCUUGGACUUGAGAAUGGAAAUUACACUGUUGUGCUUCAGUUUGCAGAAACUGGGUUCUCUGAGAGAAAAGAACUUGAUAUAAGGAAGACGGCUGGUAGAAAAUCUUUUACUGCAGUUAGCAAGAGCUACACGGCAACUGUCUCCAAAAACUUCCUUGAGAUCCAUCUCUUUUGGGCUGGCAAGGGCACUUGUUGCAUUCCUAUACAAGGUUACUAUGGGCCAAUGAUCUCAGCAUUAAGUGUCACUCCAAAUUUUACUCCAAGCGUGCGAAAUGGUGUACCAGAAAAGAAAAGCAACGCUGGUGCAAUUUCUGGAAUAGUGAUUGGUGUAUCAGUUUUAGUAUUAGCAGCCUUAUUUGGAAUAUUUAUGUUCACAAAAAGGAGAAGAAGGCUGGCACAACAGCAGCAAGAACUUUAUGACCUGAUUAGCGGGUUUGAUGUCUUGAGUUUCGCUGAACUCAAGUUAGCUACUGACAAUUUCAACCCUCAAAACAUUGUUGGAGAAGGCGGAUACGGGCCAGUCUAUAAGGGUACGCUAACUGAUGGAAGAGUGAUAGCUGUUAAGCAACUUUCUAAACCAUCUCUUCAUGGGAAAAGACAGUUCGUGGCAGAGGUUGCUACAAUUUCAGCUGUCCAACACAGGAACCUUGUCAAACUGCAUGGGUGCUGCAUUGACACUAACACGCAUUUGUUGGUUUAUGAAUACCUUGAAAAUGGAAGCCUAGAUCGAGCUCUCUUUGGAGAUAGUGGCUUGAAACUAGACUGGUCAACACGCUUUGAGAUCAUUUUAGGCAUUGCAAGGGGCCUAGCUUAUCUUCAUGAGGAGUCCAACAUUCGCAUUGUGCACAGGGAUAUAAAAGCCAGCAAUAUCCUACUUGACGCCGAUCGCACCCCCAAGGUCUCUGACUUUGGACUUGCCAAGCUCUAUGAAGAGAACAUGUCCCAUGUCAACACGACGAAAAUUGCCGGCACAUUUGGUUAUCUAGCUCCUGAGUAUGCCAUGAGAGGCCAUCUGACUGAAAAGGCCGACGUUUUCGCAUUUGGGGUGGUCGCCCUGGAGGCUGUCUCUGGUCGGCCGAACACUGACAACUCCCUCGAGGAAAGCAAAAUAUAUCUUUUGGAGUGGGCCUGGAGCUUGUAUGAAGGGAAGCAACCACUAGGAAUCGUGGACCCGAGACUCAAUGAAUUCAACCCCGAGGAGGCUUUGAGAGUCAUCCGUGUCGCGCUCCUGUGCACGCAGGGCUCACCGCACCAGCGACCGCCGAUGUCAAGGGUCGUGGCAAUGCUUACUGGAAAAACCAAGGUGGCCGACGAGGUGGCAAAGCCAAGCUACGUUACUGACUGGCAGUUCAGGGGUGGGAACAGUAGCUACACCACGAGCAGCUACUGGGGGUCUACUUCCACCCCUGAGCUGAACAGGCAGAGAGAUCUCGACCCGUUGACCCAGUCACCCACGAUCACCGGAGCAAGUCACGAACUCGAGGGAAGGUGA